AUGGACGAGGCCAUCUCCAACUUCGUCGCCAUCACGGCUGCCACCCCAGAGGCCGCUCGGGGCUUCCUGGAGAUGACAAACAACAAUAUCGAACAGGCCAUCCAGCUCUUCUUCGAGAGCCCCGACCUCCAGAACAGCUUCAACUCGGCCCCGGCCGCUACAUCUUCCACCGCGCCCCCCGUGCCCUCGAGUACCCGGCCGAAUGCCGGACGCCAGGACGAACGCGGCGUCAUCCACAUCGACAGCGAUGACGACGAAGACACCGCCAUGACGGUGGACGACAUGGACGAUAACUUUGGCCACGACGACUCCGAUAUAGCGGCUCAUGCCCAGGUCGAGGCUAUCGCCCGAAACGCGCAGGAGGAAGAAGAUGCCGCCAUGGCCAAGAGACUGCAGGAGGAGCUGUAUGGAGGUGGUGGCGUCGGAGGAGGCGGCGGCGGUGGUGGCGUCGGCGGUGGAUUCGGUGGUGGCCAGGACGACGUCAGAUCGCCCAUCGCACGAACCACGGAAACGCUGGUCGGAGGCUAUGAAGGCGACGAUGGUAUGGACCUGGACACCAUAAUCCGGGCACAGAUGAGACAGAGAGAGGCGGCCAGAGCUGCCCGAGGUGGCGCCGCGAAUCCCUUCAACCAUAACCUGUCGAUCUGGGAUGACGACGGCCCGACCCCUCCCCAGCAGCCGGCCCAGGCAGCCUCGAACGAAGGGGGCAGCCGCGCGCAGCGACUCGCCGAGCUUUUCCGACCUCCCUACGACAUCAUGUCCAGGCUAGACUGGGACGAGGCGAGACAGGAGGGCAAGGACGAGAAGAAGUGGAUCCUGGUCAACCUGCAGGACAUGAGCGACUUCAACUGCCAGGCGCUGAACCGGGACAUCUGGAAGGACGAGGCGAUUCGCCACCUGCUGGAGGAGAGCUUCAUCUUCCUGCAGUACGACAGGACCGCCAUGGCGGCGCAGCAGUACAUCAACUUUUACUUCCACGGGCACGGACACGAGAACCCCGAGAACUACCCGCACGUCGCCAUAAUCGACCCGCGGACGGGAGAGCAGGUCAAGGUGUGGAGCGGACGGCCGUUCCCGAGCGCGUCCGACUUCCACGCCCAGCUGGCCGAGUUCCUGGACCGCUACAGCCUCGCGGCCAACAGCAAGAACCCCGUCGUGGACCAGGCGGCGCCGCGCCCCAAGACGAUCGACGUCGACCGCAUGACGGAGGAGGAGAUGCUGGAGAUGGCGUUGCAGAACAGCCUCGCGGCGUCCAACGGUGGCAGCGGCAGCGGCAGCGGCAGCAGCAGCUCCAAGCCGACCUCGAACGUCAUCGACCCCGAUGCGCUUACCAAGUCCGAGUCUCCCAAGGUCGAGGCGGCGGAGGCUGAGGCGGCGUCAGCUUCCGCGUCGCAGAGCAUCUGGACCAAGAUUGCCAGCGACAAGCCGCACACGGAGCCCGAGAACAACCCGGCGACGACGACACGGAUACAGUUCCGGCACCCGACGGGACGUGUCAUCCGGCGGUUCACGCUCGACGACUCGGUGCGACGGAUCUACGAGUGGCUCAAGUCGGAGCCGCUGGAGGGCAAGGGCGGCGUCGAGUUUGAGCUGAAGCGCAUGCCGCAGGGCCAGGACCUGACGCAGGAUCUCGACAAGACGAUCCUGGAGGCCGGGCUCAAGCAGGGAACGGUCAUGAUCGAGUUCAUCGAGGACUAG